AUGAAGCAGAUUCCGCUGACCUGUUCCGGCCAUACGCGACCCGUCGUGCAUCUGGAUUUCAGUGGUCAAACCGAAUGUGGAUACUUUCUGAUUUCGGCCUGCAAAGAUGGCAAACCGAUGCUGCGGAUGGGCGAUACCGGCGAUUGGGUCGGUACGUUCGAGGGACACAAGGGUGCAGUGUGGGGUGUAGCGCUGAAUGAUUCGGCGACACUAGCCGCAUCCGGGGCGGCCGAUUUUACCGGCAAAAUUUGGAAUGCCGUCACCGGCGAAGAGGUGCACAGUCUGCAGCACAAUCACAUCGUUAAAACGGUCGCGUUCAGCCACGACAGCCAGUACCUGGUCACCGGCAGCAACGAGAAGCUGGUACGGGUGUUCGAUCUGAACUCGGACGGCAAAGCGCUAGAAUCGUACGCCGGCCAUGCCGGUGCGGUAAAGCGUGCGCUAUUCUGCCGGAAUGAAACGUGUGUGAUUAGCUGUGCGGACGAUAAGUCGAUGCGGCUGUGGGAUCGCAGCACAGGGCAGGAAGUGUCCCGUGUGGAGUUUAGCUCGCAUCCGAACGGGCUCGAACUGUCCAAGGAUGGCAACAUUCUGACGGUGACGUAUGGCAACUGUACCGCGUUUUAUGAUAUGGAAACACUGACACAGCUGAAAGAGAUCACCAUUCCGACGCGCGUCAGUUCGGCCAGCUUGCAUCCGGACAAGCACAUCUUUGUGUGCGGUGGCGAAGACUUCAAAAUGUACAAGUACGAUUACAUCACGGGCAACGAGAUAGAGUCUUUCAAGGGUCAUUUUGGACCGGUUCACUCGGUGAGCUUCAGUCCGGAUGGUGAACUGUACGCCAGCGGAUCGGAGGACGGUACGCUGCGACUAUGGCAAACCACGGUGGGAAAAACGUACGGAUUGUGGAAGUGCACAGAACCGACCGAUCUCAACAAUUCCAUCAGCAAUACGGCUGCCUCUGGUGGUGCUGUGACCCCAACACCAAACAAUCCAACGGUAGCAGUAGCAGCAGUAAGCUGCCCGCCGGUGUCGUCGGCAACCGCACCGGUAACACCCACUCCAAACACCAACCGAGAAGUAACGGCCAACUGA